CCACCUCCGCGAGAACGAAGCCUCGCGAGGACUUCGCAGCCCCUCCCUUGGCAUUCGGUGUCCUGUGUCCCCUCCCCGGCCCUGACGGGGAAGGGGCGGUGCCAGCCCGGCAGUUUCAAAAGUUCGGGAGCAGCCUGGGACGGCGACGACCGGGAAGGAAAUGAGCGCUGUCGCACGGAGAGCGGGUGCACGUCCCGGACAUCCCGUGCGCUGCGGACCUGCGACGUAGACGCCGGCCACCACAGUCUGGGGCUGGGGGUCCCCAGGAGCCGAGAGCAGUGUCUGGUCCACCCCGAGUCUCUGGGACAGCACACGUUCUGCUCUGCCGACACUGGGCUUCUCUGUGCAGCCCUGGUCGUUAUGGAGCUCACUCUGUAGACCUGGCUCUCCCGGAGCUCAGCGAUCCGCUGCCUCCUGGGUGUUGGGAUUAAAGGCAUUCGCCACCAGCGCCUGGCAUUUUUUUUUUUUUUUUAAGCAGACAUACAAACAGUACAGUUUUUCUAUGUGCUCAAGUUUUUCUUAUUCGCGUUGGCUGUAGUCUGUAUAGCACCUCUCUCCUUACGUUAAUCGUAAAGGAGAAUGAGAGAAUUUCAGGGAUUGCGUCCAGGCUUCACGACGACGUCCCGUAUCGAUUGUGGCACUCCUAAAAUGUGACGUUUUAAAUGAGCUAAAAACUCAAAACCGUUUACAAGGCCUCAGACAUCCAGAGUUCUAUAAAAGCCUGGGCAGGAGCAGUGUCCAGUAUUUCAUGUUGCAAAGAAAGCUAGGACUCUGAGCCCACCGUUUGAACCAGAUCAGUUUGGAAUAACCAGUUACGGUGACCAAAAGCUGUGAUAGCCUGUUAGCCUUAUUAGGAAGAAAACACACGUUUGAGAGGCUGAUAAAAAUGUGGAAAAAGCAACCCAUACCCAGUUAAGAUUGUACGUCACAAUGGAAGAAAGUUGGGACAUUACAAGCUCAGAGCCAAGGUUAUCUUGGGUUGGCUUUAGCCAUGGACUGCCCAGCUGUGUGUCUGACCUAACACCCCUUCACCUGUCAGGUAAACUGUUGGUUAGUUAAUGUCAGCUUGACACAACAUAGUCAUUUGGUUGUGAAGAAGGAAGAUCAGUUGAGGCAUCGUUUUCAUCAGACUGGCCUGUGGGAGUUUCUUGAUUAAUGGACAUGAGAGGGUCCAGCCAACUGUGGGCAAUUCCACCCAGAGCAGGUGGGCCUUGGUUGUAAUAAAUAAGCCAAUAAGCACCAUUUUCUGUGGCCCUGCUAGUUCUUGCUUCCAGACUCCUAUUUGAAUUUCUUCCCUGAUUUCCUUUGAUGAGGGAUGUGACUUGAGAGCUAUAAGAGGAACUAAAUCUCUUCCUCCCACAAGUUACUUUUGGUCAAUAUUUUACCACAGCAACAGAAAACAGAAAUUGCUAGUUGGUAAUUGCUAUUGCCAAGAGGCCUGACCAUAUUUUCUUGUGUGUCUUUGAGGACUGUGGAAGUCUUUGGAGCUUUGGGGCUGGAGCUGGAAAAGCCAUCAAGUACUCAGAGCAUAAGUUGUGGGAACAUGAAAGACACCACUGAAAGAAGAUAGAGGCCUUAUGAAGUACCACAGGGACACAAAGACUAUCAGGGAUGUUCUUGUGGUAUUUUGGAUUAAGAGUCUAUAUUGGGACAAAUAAUGAUGGUUAGCUGGGGAUGAAGAGUCAGUUGUGAUUAAUAAGACCAGCAACAUCAAGUGGCAAUUUUCUGGAUAUACUUCCUAAAGGUCAGCACACAGAAACUACUAUGGUCCAGAUGCAGUCAAGGCCGCAUCUCAAGAAGGAUACCUGACUGGGUAAUGUGUACCCCACGUAGUGGUACUGAUUGUGUAGGCACAAAAGCUGCAAGAUUCCAGAGGGCACAGAAAUUAGCUGAGACUGAAGCUGUAAGAAGCCAGGCGAGGCCACUGGUGAAGGUGCAGUGGAGACUCCAGCAUACUGGAGAUGCUAGGACUGCAGGACAGGGUCAGGUGAGGAGCGAAGCCUACCUAAGCCUACCACACAAGCUGUGUGUUGUGGAUGGCAGAGCCAGCCUGAGACGUGGAGCUGCUCAAGUCCCCUGGAGCCCAGAAGAUCAUGAGUGAAGCCAAGAAUCUUCCUUCCUACCCGGGGCCAAACAAGAUGAGGGAUUGCUACUGCACUGUGAACCUGGACCAGGAGGAGGUUUUCCGGACCAAAAUUGUAGAGAAGUCACUCUGCCCCUUUUACGGAGAAGACUUUUACUGUGAAAUCCCUCGGAGUUUUCGCCACCUGUCCUUUUACAUUUUUGAUAGAGAUGUUUUCCGAAGGGAUUCCAUCAUAGGCAAGGUGGCCAUCCAGAAGGAAGACUUGCAGAGGUACCACAACAGGGACACAUGGUUCCAGCUGCAGCAUGUGGACGCAGACUCAGAGGUGCAGGGCAAGGUCCACCUGGAGCUGAGACUGAGUGAGGUCAUUACAGACACUGGUGUUGUCUGCCACAAACUCGCUACACGCAUCUUCGAGUGCCAGGGCCUCCCCAUUGUGAACGGGCAGUGUGACCCUUACGCCACAGUGACAUUGGCCGGACCCUUCAGGUCUGAAGCAAAGAAAACGAAGGUGAAGAAGAAAACCAACAACCCCCAGUUUGAUGAGGUGUUUUAUUUUGAGGUGACCAGACCCUGCAGCUACAGCAAAAAGUCCCACUUUGACUUCGAGGAGGAGGACGUGGACAAACUUGAAAUCCGAAUUGACCUCUGGAACGCUAGCAACCUGAAGUUUGGGGAUGAGUUUCUUGGGGAGCUGAGGAUCCCUCUCAAGGUGCUGCGACAAUCUAGCUCUUACGAAGCCUGGUACUUCCUGCAGCCCCGAGACAAUGGCAGUAAAAGCCUAAAGCCAGAUGACUUGGGGUCGCUGAGGUUAAAUGUAGUUUACACAGAAGACCACGUCUUCUCCUCCGAGUACUACAGCCCACUGCGUGACCUGUUACUGAAGUCUGCGGAUGUGGAGCCUGUCUCCGCCUCAGCAGCUCACAUCCUGGGUGAGGUGUGCAGAGAUAAACAAGAGGCAGCCAUCCCGCUGGUACGGCUCCUGCUGCACUAUGGCAGGGUAGUGCCCUUCAUCAGUGCCAUCGCUAGCGCAGAGGUGAAGAGGACCCAGGACCCCAAUACCAUCUUCCGAGGAAACUCGCUGACAUCCAAGUGCAUAGAUGAGACGAUGAAGCUGGCAGGCAUGCACUAUCUCCAUGUGACCCUGAAGUCCACCAUUGAGGAGAUCUGCCAAAGCCACAAGUCCUGUGAGAUCGACCCUGUGAAACUGAAAGAUGGAGAAAACCUCGAGAACAACAUGGAAAGCCUGAGGCAGUAUGUGGAUCGCAUUUUCACUGUCAUCACGAAGUCCGGGGUGAGCUGCCCCACCGUCAUGUGUGAUAUCUUCUUCUCCCUGCGGGAGGCAGCCGCCAAGCGCUUCCAAGAUGACUUGGAUGUGCGGUACACCGCCGUGAGCAGCUUCAUCUUCCUGAGGUUCUUCGCACCUGCCAUCCUGUCCCCAAAUCUUUUCCAGCUGACACCCCACCACACGGAUCCACAGACUUCUAGAACCCUGACACUUAUCUCAAAGACGAUCCAGACCCUCGGCAGCUUGUCCAAGUCCAAGUCUGCCAGUUUUAAGGAGUCGUACAUGGCAACGUUCUAUGAAUUCUUCAAUGAGCAGAAGUAUGCAGAUGCUGUAAAGAAUUUCCUGGAUCUGAUCUCAUCCUCGGGGAGGAGGGACCCCAAGAGCAUAGAGCAGCCCAUCCUGCUUAAAGAAGGGUUCAUGAUUAAGCGGGCCCAAGGAAGGAAACGGUUUGGCAUGAAGAAUUUCAAGAAGAGGUGGUUUCGCCUCACGAACCACGAGUUCACCUACCAGAAAAACAAAGGUGAUCAGCCGCUCUGCAACAUCCCCAUCGAGAACAUCUUGGCGGUGGAGAGGCUUGAGGAAGAGUCCUUCCGAAUGAAAAACAUGUUCCAGGUAAUCCAGCCAGAGCGCGCAUUGUACAUCCAGGCCAACAACUGUGUGGAGGCCAAGGACUGGAUCGACAUCCUCACCAAAGUGAGCCAGUGCAACCAGAAGCGGCUCACCGUCUUCCACCCGUCCGCCUACCUGAACGGCCACUGGCUUUGCUGCAGAGCUUCCUCAGACACGGCCGUUGGCUGUACCCCCUGCACUGGUGGGCUCCCAGCAAACAUCCAGCUGGACAUUGAUGGGGACCGUGAAACAGAGCGCAUCUACUCUCUCUUUAACCUGUACAUGGGCAAGUUGGAAAAGAUGCAGGAGGCCUGUGGCAGCAAGUCUGUGUACGAUGGCCCUGAGCAGGAGGAAUACUCAACGUUCAUCAUCGAUGACCCCCAGGAGACAUACAAGACACUGAAGCAGGUCAUCGCUGGGGUGGGGACCCUUGAGCAGGAGCACGCACAGUACAAGAGAGACAAGUUCAAGAAGACGAGAUACGGGAGCCAGGAGCACCCUAUUGGAGACAAGAGCUUCCAGAACUACAUCAGGCAGCAGUCUGAGAUCUCCACCCAUUCCAUUUAAAGUCACAGCGCUUCCCAGAAUGACGGUGUUGACCCACACUGGGAAAAAGCAGAUGACAGAACACAUACAUGGAGAGGAACCAUGUGCACCCGUUCACACCGGUCCUACCAAGCUGGUGGGGCCACCGCGAGCCAAGCAUGCUCUCCUCAGCAGGAACUGUUGCCUGGGCUGUGCGCUCUCCUUAGCUGCCAGCACCGGUGGUCUGAGCCAUCCUGGAAUGUAUGAUCAUCUGUCUUUUUACUCCUUCAGUUGUAUGGGGAUCCAGGGAUCUGUUAAAUAUUAGGGACGUGAGGACUUUGUCUAAACCUGUUCCCUUGUGGCCCAGUCCCUCUUCCUAGAGCCACGGCUGGUUCAUUCAUGUUGGUUCAUUCAUGUUAGGGUGCACCUUCUGCAGUGUGCGCUCUCUUGUUCCUUGUCUGCUCGUCUGUCUCUGUGGCUCUGUACACAUGAAGCAGUCUGGCCCUAGCCCUAAGCAUACCCGGAAUCCUGCCAUUCUACUCAGUCCCUGUGUGGGAUGUUAGAAACAGUAUUUUCCUGGCAGCCGGCAGGCAGGCUACCUUUCUCCUUGGCUUAUGUUGGUUUGUUCUUGGCUAAAGGGUCAUUUUGGGGAUGGACAACAUGGUACAGAAACCCUUUGAUCUUUGAGGAUGUGGGGUCCUUUUAGAGUCCCUGGAGAGGGAGGGUUGUGAACCCUGUCUUCUCUGGGUGACAAUCACCCCUCAGUUUGAACACAGUUCUGGAUGCUGGGUCAGGUUUUAAACUAGAAUCCACAAGCUUGCUGCCUUGGUGAAAGUUUGGGAAAGACUUUUAAAAGCUGUGCAUUUUCCAAGCUGUCUUUCUUAAUGUUUUUAAAGGAUUGUUUUUAAGUAGCAUUUUGAUAUAAGACAGCAUAAAACACCAGCAACUAUAUGCAUUAAAGGGGAUGGCCAAUCCAAAGGGAACAGUGUCUGAUUUCUCACAAAGCCAAAGGGUCCUCAGGGACAGAGCUCUAAGAUGGAGACUGCACCGUCAGCAGUAAAGGCCAAACAUGGGAUUUCACAUGCCUGUGUCUCUGUGAGCCCAACAGGCUACACAUGGCAAUGUCUGGAACCACUUUUGAUUGGGGAGGGAGAGUCCUGAAACAGGCAAGACAGACUGCACCAGCUUAGCCCCACAGUGCUUCUGGAGCCUCACCCCAAACUGCCCCUCCAGGCUGGGAGAGGGUGCCCCGUGGGCAUAUGUUGCUGAAGGACACAACCACACAUCCUGGUACCGUUUUUUUCUCUUUGUUCUUUUCUCUUUGUUCUUGUUAGGACUUCACUCUGCAUCUAGAAACAUAAUCGCAUUGGGCAUCACAGUAAGAGAGGAAGGAAACAAAAAUUACCAUGGACUUGCAAGGCAGGCUACACUGAACAUGUUUUUAACCUUGGGUUGUAACUUAAUGUUUCUGUUUAUAAGUACUAACUAUUUGCAAUGUAUUUUACUGGCGGAUUAAAGCAGAUGUUUUAUUCUU